CGGCCAACGCCUGACCCCGGGGGAUGGAGCUGGGCUUGGCGAGUGAGUCCCUGAGGCUCAGACUGAAUCGUCCCUCUCCCCCGCCCCGUCUCUCUCCCCCUGUCUCAGAGCGGCCGGUCGCCGUGGUGUUUGCCCGAGCGCCUCCCCCAGCCGGGACCCCCGCGCCGUUACUGCUGGUUUGCCGGGUCACCGGUUUCUACCCCCGGCCCGUCCGCGUGGCCUGGCUGCAGGACGGGGAGGAGGUGGCGCCGAGCGGGCGGCUGAGCUCCAGCGGGAUCCUGCCCAACGCGGACCUCACCUACCAGCUGCGCAGCUCCCUGGCCGUGGAGCCGGGCGACGGGCACAGCUACGCCUGCCGGGUGGAGCACAGCAGCCUGGGGGGCCAGAGCCUGCUGAUCCCCUGGGGGGCGGGGGUGCGGUCGUGGUCUCUGGGGGCUUUUCCUGCACGUUCUGAGUGGGACAGGGGUGGGUCCAGGCAGCGGGAUUGGGGUGCAGCGAAGCAGAGGGAGUGGGUGGGGGCUGUGGAGAUGGACCAGAGGGAGCCGGAUGGAGGAGCUGAGAUCAAACACCUGCGUGGAUGA